AUGGCGUCUCGCCGCACCUAUGGUGCAUUGGACGAUCAUCCGCAACAUUACGCUGUGCCUGCCUAUAAUCCAAGCGACUAUCGUGGUCAACAACUAGCCCCAGUUGAUAGAUACUUGUCGGCUGCUCCAUUCUAUGAAACAUAUCCUCUAGGUUCAAGGAGACCGGUUAACCAGGACUUGACAUUUGCUGUCUCUGCCGUCUCGCCCGGACUACCUGGAGAACCUACUCAUCAUCGUGAUUCCGCUGCGAGCAUACUACUGGAUCGGUUCUUCGGCCGUCGACCACAGUCACCUACUCUGCUGCAAGCAGUUAUAACUCAGGCUCCGCAAUCUUACCGUCCUGGAACCACCGCUGCUGCUCUGGCGUCACCGGCAAUUCAGUGCGUUUCACCGCCGGUGACACCAGGUCUUCCACUGCUGAGAGGAAAUCAUCAGUAUAUUCCACCACCUCCUCCGGGUCCACCGCCAAGAGAGUCAAGAUGGCCUCAAACACAUUCAGAACUCAAAGAAAUAACCGUGCCGCCGACAAAACAUGAAAAAGAGCCCGAAUCUGUGUCUGUGGAAGCAGCUACCAACGCAUUUCGCCAGCCAGCUAGGGGUCAGCCACCCCGUCCAUUGAGAGAUCGUGAACUUGUUACAGAGUUUCCAAAAGUACCGUCGUAUCCAACUCCGAGACGUGAAUGUUUCGAUCUCCCGCAUGUUCCUCAGAUGAAGUCCCCGCCAUUAGGAAAACGUUCUAAGCGUGCUCCACCACCGAUUGAUGUUCAUCUUGCCUCGGGCUCGGCGACUUACAGAGAAAAACCAGCGAAAAGUGCACCAAUACAACAACAUGGACAUGUAGUGUCCAAAGAUAUCUACAAUACUCCAGAAGAAUCAGCAGUUAGACAACAUGACAUGCAAAAUUUGCCUCAAACUGCUGGUUUACCUGUAGUACGGGUGAUGAAACCUGCUCCCAUAUCCCCUAAUCGCGGUGUACAACUUCCUGCUCUUAACACGAACAUUGUCAAGAUUCAAUCUAGAAGUGUUCCCUUGGAGAUUGCAAGCUCACCUUCCAAGUCACCUCUAGCAGUCAUGCCCAAAUCACCCAUUGCUCUAAGUCGAAAUAGUAGUUCCUCAACGCCACCGAUGUGGUCACCCGAAACACCGAGAGCAAUGUCCUUUGAUUUUCCCUUGAUAAUAGGCGACGAUACUCCCUCGGUACGUAGUAUUACGUGGUCUGAUACCAGGCGAGAGACAAUCAUUGAAGAGGAUGUCCAAGAGCAGACUCCCAUGGAGUUGGGCCCACCACGAGGACGCAUCUGCGCUUCCGAUUCUCAUAUUCGGGCCCGAAGCUUAUCACCACCUGGAUCUGCCUAUCCUAAGGAGUCUUCAUUCAGCUGGGAGCUUGCUGAUCUCAAAACUAAACAUGCAACGGAUGAAGAUUGCCACAACACGCCCCGCAUUCCUCCGCAGCAGAUGAUGGAAGACCACAGCUACAAAUCACAAAACAGCAGUUUCGAUCCACGUCAAACUAUUCUUGGGACGUAUUUCAAACGCUGAAUGAUUGAAAAAGAUUGUUUCUAUUUUGCACGGAUUCGAUUAUUGAACACUUUUGAGCUUAUGACACCCGUUCGCUCAAGUGUGAUGAUCUUUGUGCCCGGCGUUCUCCUCAUUUCAGCAAGGCGUCCAGGUACAUUCAAGUCAAGUUGUGUUUGCUUUGUUUUUUACGUAAGAGCGAGAGCUUAUAGUUAAGUUAGGUGAUAGUGAUUUG